CGGCAGCACUUCCGUUCACACUGCACCACGGACGGUCCUGUUCCGGUUCCACCUCGCCGCAGGACUUGAGCUUCAGCGACGGCGGGAAGUUGUUUUCACCGAUUUAGCCACAAAUCGACGACAACCGAACGGACGGAAUUGUUAAAGGUCGACACUUCGUCAUCCAACAUCGAUGGCCCUGUGAACGGAAGUGCGCCAACUGCAAAGCAAGCUCGGCGGCGCGGGAUCCAGCUAACAUGGCUAACGUCGGCAACCAGCUACCGACGCAGGCCGUUAGCAAGCCUGCACCAGGCAAACAUGGGAACGUACUGCCCCUGUGGGGCAACGAGAAGACCAUGAACCUCAACCCGAUGAUUCUCACCAACGUGCUGUCCUCGCCCUAUUUCAAAGUCCAGCUCUAUGAACUCAAGACCUACCACGAAGUCGUGGACGAAAUCUAUUUCAAGGUGAAUCAUGCUGAGCCUUGGGAGAAGGGAAGUAGAAAGACGGCCGGCCAGACUGGAAUGUGCGGAGGGGUGCGUGGAGUUGGAACUGGUGGCAUUGUGUCUACUGCUUUCUGUCUUCUUUACAAACUGUUUACUCUCAAGCUGACACGCAAACAGCUGAUGGGUCUCAUCACUCACACAGACUCGCCAUACAUCAGAGCACUUGGCUUCAUGUACAUACGAUACACUCAGCCCCCAGCAGAUUUGAUCGAAUGGUACGACGGCUUCCUGGAUGAUGAGGAGGAGCUUGACGUGAAGGCAGGGGGUGGCUGUGUGAUGACUGUUGGAGAAAUGCUGCGCUCCUUCCUGACCAAACUGGAGUGGUUCUCCACUCUCUUCCCCCGCAUCCCAGUGCCUGUGCAGAAGAUAAUUGACCAGCAGAUGAAGGCAAGGCCACGUAAGAUUGCUCCAAAGGAGACACCGGAGGAGGAAGCCCAGCCCGUAGAGCCAGGGAGGCAAGGGGAACGGCGGCAAUCCAGGACACCCAGGCGAUCACCGAGCCCCCGAAGGUCGCCCAAACGAUCAAGGAGCAGGAGCCACCACCGCGAGAAAGAGCGCCACGGCCCCAGCUUCGACCGAGAACUGGAGAGGGAGCGUGACCGGCAAAGGAAGGAGGGCAGGGACAGGGAUAGGGACAGGGGGGACAGAGAGAGACGGCGGUCCCGCAGCGCAGACAGGAACCAAGAACGACGAGAACGUAGACGAAGUCGCAGCGGCAGCCGGGAGCGAAGAAACGAACGCAGAGAAAGAGAUGUAGGGGAUGACAGGAGCAAGAAGAAGGACAGGGAUCACCAUAAAGAUAGAGGCACUGAGAGGGAGAGGUCCAGGGACAAGAAGAGCAGGGGAGAGACUGACGACAGGAGGCACAAAGAGGACAGGGAGAGGCACAGAGAGGAGAGGAAAGCCAAAAGGUCGAGCCGGAGUCGAAGCAAGGAAAGGAAGCACAAAAGUGGAGAGGAGAAGAACAGGAAAAGAGAGCGUAGCCACAGCAGAGAGAGAGACAGGGAGAAAGAGGGAGAACAGCGAUCCCACAAGCAUAGUCGUAGUAAAGAGAGGAGUCUUCAUCAGCGCGAGUCCAAUAAUGACCAUAGUAAACAUAGUGAACGCAGAAGGAGUCAUAGCACUGAGUAAAUGUCGCCUUGAAGCAAUAUUUCUUCUUCUACUCCCUGUGUUUUUCUUCCCUUUUUCUACCCCGUUGUCUGGCGUGUCACUUGUGCUGAAGACUAAGAAUGAUCGCACACCGGACACCUUGAUAUGUUGUCUUUGGCGAAUGCAAUGUUGCUUUACUUUUAAUGUUUUUCUGCCUUUUUCACUCCCAAUUAGACCAGUGUUAGUCUUCACUUGAAAUUUGGAAAGAGGCAAAAAUGGCAUUUUAAUUUUCUAUGGUUCAUUCUCUUUUGCCCCAGGAUGCAAUGGGUUUGUAUAUAAUGUUUCGGAAGCUGUCUACACACGAUAAGUGGUCAGAGGUGCAUUCACCGCCGGGUUGCGCUUUCAGGCCUUUUUUUAUUUGACUAAAAGUACAGAGCAUAUGACUUGACUUCCACCAUCCCUAAUCUCCUUUGUCUGUUGAAUUCCGAUUCAACGUGCUUUGAACAGUCCAAAGUUAAAGGUUAAAGUUUACAUUUGAGCCUAGUGGCGAUAUGACCGUGUUUCAAUCCAGCCUGAAGUACUUCUGUCAUUGAUUGUGUGUUGACAGCCUGAAAAUGUUUUAAUCCUCCAAAGGGCCGUAUGCAAAGGGUACAUUUUUUUUUUUUACCCCACACACACUUAAGCCCUGCUUGUGCUGUGAUUGGGUUGUUGCUCUGUUGCAUUUUUUUUCUAUUAAAAACACUUUUACGAACAA